CAUUUUUUGCGCUACAGCGUUGCAUAUGCCGAGUGGUCGUCGACUAUUUGUAGUACUCUACGUUUUUUAUACUCCAAGAAAAUAAAUAUAAAAUGCUAGCGCAUUUAAAUGUGCACUAAGCGACCCGGCGAGCACAACGAUUGCCUAUAAAGCACAAGUGAACGGUUAACAAGCAAUUACGCAUGUGUUACGUACUGCCAGCGCCGUGUUAUCAUCAGAAUCAGCGCAGCCGCCAUAAAAGUGGCUCGAGAAUUGCAAUUAAUUGCGGAAUCAAUAGGAAACAACAGCAUCCAGAGCCGCAAACAAGGCCGUGGGCGUGUUUGCCAAGCGUUCCAACAUGAGUUUUUCCAGCGACGAGGUGAACUUUUUGGUUUUCCGAUAUCUACAGGAGUCAGGCUUUCUACACUCCGCCUAUGUCUUUGGCAUCGAGUCUCACAUCUCGCAGAGCAACAUUAAUGGUGCUCUCGUGCCGCCCGCUGCCCUGCUCACCAUACUGCAGAAGGGUCUGCUCUACACGGAGGUGGAGUGGAGCGUGGGCGAGGACGGCGAGAUGGCGCGACCUAUCGAGGGUCUCAGCCUAAUAGACGCCGUCAUGCCGGAGGUGAAGCCACUGAAGCCGACAGUCAAAACAGAGCCGGGCAAACCGGCCGUCGAUGCCAGCACGCCGGCCACUGUCAAUUCGAAUAGCAAUGCGAAAACGGAAAUUAAGAUCGAGCCGGGCACAGGCAAUACGACUGCAGGCGCUGCCGCCAAGGGCACCAAUGCCAGCACUGGCACCAGCACGCCCACCGGCAGCAGCGGCGCCGACACCAACGAGGUGGACUCCAGCGGCAAUGCGGCAUCGAGCAACAGCAGUACCGCGGCCGGCAAUGGUAACAAUGCCAGCGGCACAGCUGCCGGCGCUGCUGCCGCCAACUCAACGACACCUGCAGCCAGCGGCAAUGCGGACAGCGCUGGCAGUGCGGCUGCGACGGCUAACAAAAAGGCGGGAGCUAACGAAUCUGGAGCCACCAGCAGUACGGCGGCCUAUCCGAAUGCAACAAGCGCAGAUGAUGCCGCCUCGUCUACGUCCACAAAUGGCAACAGCAGCAACUCCAGCAACGUGGAACAGCCAGCGGCAGGCGGCACGCCCGCUGUGCCAGCCGGUGCCAAUGCAGAGGCAGGUACAACGGUUGCGGCAGCUGCUGCAACGGGCGCCAAGGCGGCCACAGGUGCAGCAAGCGCGCCGGCAACCCGAGUGGGCGCUCAGGGCAAUAAUGUGCAGACCACCUGCCCGACGACGGCUCAAAGCGCAGUGCCCAGCAGCACCACACCGGGCAACGGCGGUGGUGGAGGAGGAGGAGGAGGAGGAGCAGCAGCAGGCGGGGGCGGCAACGGCGGAGGCGGCACAGCCACGCCCGGCAGCACCGUCGUGGAGGCAAUGGACAUUGAUCAGAGCAUAGAGAUACCUGAAUCAAAGGCCCGCGUGCUGCGCGGCCACGAGAGCGAAGUGUUCAUCUGCGCCUGGAAUCCCAGUCGAGAUCUGCUCGCCAGUGGCUCCGGCGACAGCACCGCACGCAUCUGGGACAUGUCCGAUGCGAACGCCAACUCCAGUCAGCUGGUGUUGCGGCACUGCAUACAGAAAGGUGGCGCCGAGGUGCCAAGCAAUAAGGAUGUCACCUCGUUGGACUGGAACUGCGACGGCUCGCUUCUGGCCACGGGCAGCUACGAUGGCUACGCACGCAUCUGGAAGACAGAUGGUCGCCUGGCCUCCACGUUGGGCCAGCACAAGGGUCCCAUCUUUGCGCUCAAGUGGAACAAAUGUGGGAAUUACAUUCUGUCCGCGGGCGUGGACAAAACGACAAUCAUCUGGGACGCAUCCACGGGCCAGUGCACGCAACAGUUUGCGUUCCACAGUGCGCCCGCCUUGGACGUCGACUGGCAAUCGAAUCAAUCGUUUGCCUCGUGCAGCACAGAUCAGCGAAUCCAUGUGUGCCGGCUGGGCAUGAAUGAACCGAUCAAAACGUUCCGCGGCCACACGAACGAGGUGAAUGCAAUCAAAUGGUGUCCGCAGGGUCAGCUGCUGGCUUCCUGCUCCGAUGAUAUGACACUCAAGAUCUGGAGUAUGACGCGCGAUCGUUGCUGCCACGACUUACAGGCGCACUCCAAAGAGAUCUACACGAUAAAAUGGUCACCGACCGGACCUGGCACAAAUAAUCCCAACACGAAUCUGAUACUCGCCUCCGCUUCGUUCGAUUCGACGGUCCGGCUGUGGGAUGUAGAACGCGGCAGCUGCAUACAUACGCUUACCAAGCACACGGAACCCGUCUAUUCCGUGGCCUUCAGUCCGGAUGGCAAGCAUCUGGCCUCGGGCAGCUUUGACAAGUGCGUGCACAUCUGGAGCACACAGACCGGACAGCUGGUGCACAGCUACAAGGGUACGGGCGGCAUUUUCGAGGUCUGCUGGAAUUCCAAGGGCACCAAAGUGGGCGCCAGUGCAUCCGAUGGCAGCGUUUUUGUGCUCGAUCUGAGAAAGUUCUGAUCCGCAGCAGCCGCAACAGCCGCAGCAGCAAUAAUUAAUACAUCUGCCAACUCCCAGCACCUUUUAGGUUAUGUGUAUUGAAGAAACCUGGAUUCUAAUAUGCUUUUCGCUUCUGUUUUGAAUGUUUACUUCAAUUGUCUGCCCACUGUCCUUCACUGAGUUUUCCCUCCCUCAUUUCGAGUCAAGACACGUUUCUCUGUCUGUGCUGGAAGUGUCGCUCGUGGGGCGUGGCAAACCGAGUUUAAGAACGCCUCGCGCAGCGAUCUCGCCCAGCUGGCAGUCCGCGGGAAACGCGCUUUUAAUUUAGCCGUAAGCUCCAUAUGUUUCUAAGUAUUCAUUUUUAUACAGAGAACUCGUUUAGUAUAUAACUUGAUGCAUUUUAUUGUUAUUUUGUAUACAUGAGCGCAGUCUGGCCUAGGCCCAAUUAAGUCUUAAUCGAGCAACCUUUUAUCGUUAGACCUAAGCAUUAUAAAGUGCAUGCAAAAUUAGUUAGUCGCCGGCAAACGGAGACGAAAACGGAUCCAAGCUAAAAAUGGAUAACAACCGGUUCACGCUUACAUUCGAACAGUGUAACUGCAUCCCAACGUAGUGUGUAAACGAUACUAAUUAUAAAGAAUGGCGUCAACAGCGGCCACAAUUAAUUAAAGCUCCAAAAUCGAA